AAGAUUACGCUUGUUUUCCGGGUACACGGGUCUACCACUUGUCAGAGUUUUGAAGUGGAAAUAGCUAAGUGGUCAGUAUGCUACUGGUUUUGUCUGAGGACCAUAAAGAACAUCUCUCGUUCCUUCCGAAGGUUGACGCCCCAGUGGUUGGAGAGUUUGGACGCAUAGCGCUGGAGUUUCUAAGGAGAGGAACUAGCCCCAAGAUCUAUGAGGGAGCAGCCAGGAAACUCUGUGUUCCUGUGGAAAUGGUUCAGCAUGGAGUAGAAGGCCUGAUGUUCCUGAUGACAGAGAGCUCCAAACACAUGAUCUCUGAAGUGGAUUUCCUGGAUUCAGUGUUGGUUUUGGACUUUCGUGAAGAACUUAACCAGAUGUUGUUGCAGCUCUAUCAGCAGCACCACAGUCAGAUUCGCAGCAUCCUGAGUUAUCUGCCAUCCAAUCUGCCUGCUUACCAUAACCUGGAAUGGAGACUUGAUGUGCAGACUUAUCACUUCUUGUUUUUUGACUCUGUCCCACCAACGAUCUCUCUCUUUCUCUCCUCUUUCUCUCUCUCUCUGCAGCUAGUGCAGUAAUGUUGUCACAGACAUCAGAUUUUAAAUUAAAACUACAGAAUGUUUUACCAACAGUGGAUAGGCAUAAUCAGCAUUGUGGCAUUUAUUUGACAAUCGUCUCAAUGUAAUGUAGUUUUCUUUUCAUGCUAAACUUAAACACACAUUUUCAAUUAAUAAUUACCCAAUAACACCAUCACUGAGUUGCUUUCCACCAUCAGACCUUGUGAUUUAAAGUAUGGUUUUAUAUCAGGUGGCCAUAUCAGGUGAUACUAUAAGUUAUUAUUCUGCCCCCCCCCUGUUGUUUCUGUCAGUUGGCCAGACGUUCAGUCCGUCAGGAAGUCAUUCCUAUGCUUACAAUGCGUCUGCACCUAACAAGAAGUGACAGCUGUAGUGUCUACAGCAUCAGGAUUCUCCAGACAGAUCCCAGCACCCUUCUGCACCUCAUCU